AUGGAGGACAACCAGGUUAUGUCUGGUGGCGCCACUGAGGAUGCUCAGGCUAUUAACGUGGCACAGGAUGCCCCAGGUGAUGUGAUUACCACUUCCGGAUCGCAAUCGCAUCAGGGAUCUCCCGAGAAAAAGACCGAGACUGUUUCGGAUACUGAUAAUCCGCUAGAUGCACCCGCUUCACCCAAGCCCCAGAAUGCCGAUGGCGAACCCGAGGAUGAAGAGAUGGGCGGCACCGAGACGGAGACGAAGAAGGAGACCGAUGGAGGCGAGGAUCUCGCUGAUGUUGCCGCACAGUCCGGCGCUGAAGGUGCUACAGAUGAACAGCCGGCGCAGGCCAAGGCAUCCAUUGAGGCCUCUGCGCGCUCACAUCUCGUUUCGCAAACCCACGCCAUCAUCCUCCCCAGCUACUCUACCUGGUUCGACAUGCACCUCAUCCACCCGAUCGAGAAGAAGGCUCUGGCGGAGUUCUUCAACGGCAGAAACCGUAGCAAGACCCCUGCAGUUUACAAGGAUUACCGUGAUUUCAUGAUCAACACCUACCGUUUGAACCCCAUUGAGUACCUCACAGUCACUGCGUGCCGCCGCAACCUUGCUGGUGACGUGUGUGCGAUCAUGCGUGUGCACUCCUUCCUGGAACAAUGGGGUCUCAUCAACUACCAGGUGGAUCCCCAAACGCGUCCGUCCAACAUCGGCCCCCCUUUCACUGGCCAUUUCCGAGUGGUCGCCGAUACCCCCAGAGGCCUCCAGCCAUUCCAGCCCGGACCCAACCACUUUGUCAAGCCUGGAAAGCCUCUGCCAGCUACGGAUCGUGCAGCAUCAGCGACCCCAGCUGCCAAGGCCGACCUGAACCUCGAGAUUCGUCGCAAUGUGUAUGAUGAUAAGGGCAAGGAGAUCACACCUGCCACGGAGGACAAAGACAAGCAGACCAACGGCGAAGGCUCAACGAACGGUACGACGGGCGAUUCGACCAAGGCGAUGGAGAGCGCUUCCAAGGAGCCGAGAAAGAAGUUCAACUGCUUCUCUUGCGGCAUCGAUUGUACUCGCCUCAGAUUCCACUAUGCCAAGGCAACACCCGCAACCGCCAACCCAGCCGCACCUGACACCAAGUACGACCUGUGCCCCAACUGCUUCCUGCAGGGCCGGAUGCCCUCCAGCCACAGUGCCUCAGACUUCGUCAAGCUUGAAGACAGCCCAUACUCGAUAGCCCCCGAUCGGGAUGCGCCAUGGUCGGAUUCGGAGCUUGUUCUGCUGCUGGAGGGAUUGGAAAACUUUGACGACAACUGGGAACAAAUUGCCACUCACGUUGGAUCCAGGACAAAGGAGGAGUGCGUGAUGAAGUUCUUGCAGCUGGAGAUCGAAGACAAGUAUCUGGAUGACAUGCCUGAAGUUCGGGCAGGCAGUGGGCGGGAGCCUAUCAGCCAGGCCGAGAACCCUGUCCUGUCCGUUGUCGCUUUCCUUGCACAGAUGGCUGAGCCUGCAGGCAAGGAGAAGGAAGGCAGUGCGACAGUCAAGGCUGAGGAUUCCAUGGAAGUGGACUCUGCUCGUGAGGAAGCAACCGAGCAAGCCGUCGAGGUUGCUGGUUCCGACAAGGGCAAGGCUUCCCUUCCCACCGUGGCUCUUGCCGCUUCUGCCGCUCGUGCUGGCGCCCUGGCUUCUCACGAAGAACGUGAAAUGACCCGCCUGGUUUCCUCGGCCGUCAAUGUUACCCUCCAGAAGUUCGAGAUUAAGCUGCAGCAGUUCAAUGAGAUGGAGGAGAUCAUCGAAGCCGAACGCCGGGAACUCGAGCUUGCUCGUCAGCAGCUCUUCCUCGACCGCAUGGCCUUUAAGAAGCGCGUCAAGGAGGUCCAGGACACCCUGCAGGCCGUCAGUCUUCNAGGCCCUGGUGAGGAGACCAACAACAUGCUUGCCGAUGCUGCUACGACUGGGAUUGGCAACCGCUAUAACUUCCAACCGGNAGGAGGUGACGUUAGAGGCGUGCAGCCACUGAGUGCAGAAGCAGGCGCUGACUACAAGACGUUGGACCUGUAA